GGGGUAUAAGUAGGAAGGGAUUGUCCCAGUUAAAAAUUAUUCACUCCAUCUCUAAUAUGAGACCAUCAUUGGGAUUUGGAACAGUGACUCUAGGGAUUCUACUCUCUUUGACACGUGCAGAGAAUGUGAUUGUCCCUGGCGCGGCAUGGACAGAUACCAACGGCAAUGUAAUCCAAGCCCAUGGGACGGGACUCUUGAAGGUAGACAAUACGUUCUAUUGGUUUGGAGAAGACAAAACCGACAACAGUGCUCUAUUUGAAGCUGUCCCGUGCUACAGUUCAACUGAUCUCUUGAAUUGGGAGCGUCAGAACGAUGCCCUCACUCCCGUCAACGGUACAAUGAUCUCAGCUGCGGACAUCGUGGAACGUCCCAAGGUGAUAUAUAACAAGAAGAACUCUGAAUACGUGAUGUGGUUCCACUCUGAUAACUCUGAUUAUUCAGCGGCUAUGGUUGGUGUUGCUACUUCGGAGACGCCCUGUGGCCCUUAUGACUACAAGGCUAGUUGGAAACCUCUUGGUGCCGAUUCUAGAGAUGAGAGCAUAUUCCAAGAUGCCGAUCAGACAGCUUACCUCCUAUACGCCUCCGACAACAAUGUGGACUUCAAAAUUUCAGUUCUCGAUUCGAACUACUAUAACGUGACGGCUAUGGUCAGCGAGAUUCCUAACUCGAACCUUGAAGCACCAGGAAUCGUAAAGCGUAACAAUACUUACUAUCUCAUUGCCUCACACACAUCUGGUUGGGCACCUAACCCCAACAAAUGGUUCUCCGCUCCUACUCUUUCGUCUAAUUGGUCAUCUCAGAACGAUAUAGCUCCAGAAGACACGAACACAUACUUCUCUCAGAACGCUUACGAUCUUCCACUGGGCAAUAAUACAAUCUAUAUGGGUGAUCGAUGGUGGCCGGAACUCUUAGGAAAUAGCUCCUACAUAUGGCUACCUCUGGACUGGUCGUCAGGUGCUCCUCAACUUGUUUGGGCUGACGUUUGGAGUAUAGACUUGGAACAAGGCACUUAUUCCGUAGCUACUGGAACUACAUACAUAGCAGAGGACGGGGUUCUGGGAGGUACUGCCGAAAUCCUGAAUAACUCUGCAGUUGGGUGGCUUGGUAACGGUGGUACGCUAACAUUGAGCAACAUUCAGGGUAACGGUGCUGGGCAAUGGGUGUCCUUGUACUAUGCUAAUGCAGAUAGUACGUGGAGGAACACAACUGUCAGUGUCAACGGCGGACCGUCUGUGUCGGUAAACCAACCUAACACUGGAGGGGUAGACGUGUUCCUCAGUGUCCCAGUGAAACUCUACUUGGAGGAGGGGGCAAACUCCUUACUGAUUGCGGCCAACCAAUCCAGUUACGCAGGAGACCUGGAGAAGAUCAUCGUUUAUAACGAAGGUUGA